AUGCGACCGACAAUCUUACCACAAUGCACGUCGUGUCUACGACGCAUAAGCAGCCUGGGCCUGCAAGAAUGGCGUGGCGGACAGCAGGUUCGCGGCAAGAAGAAGAUGGCUCGCGCGCCCACCACCGUCACCGUCCGCCUCACCAAGGAUGUGCCUACCUUUGGUCGCAAGGGCACCUACAUUCCCAUCUCUAUUGGCCGUAUGCGCAACGCUUUCUUCCCUACGAGGGCUGCCGAAUAUGUGACCCCCGCCCAAUUGAAGGACAUGAAGGCCAAGAACAUCACGCCCGAACGAGACUUUCAAUUCGGUGUCCCUGACCCGGCUGCCGUCAGAGUCAUUGAGCAGCAGUCUCAGCGCACCACCAAGCGUACUGUCGAGGUCGACAAGUUGGCCCCCAAACGCGCAACCGAACUUCUCUCCAUGCUUCUCCCCCCAGUCAUGGACUUCCGACGUAGGCCUCAGGAAUCUGCUGCUCCUGUUUCUGAAACCCCAGCCGCCCCCGUCAAGAAGGACAAAGGCUUCUCCAGUGCCGCUGCUGAUCUCCUCGCUGCUGCGGCUGCUCCUCCUGCUAUACCCACCUCUACUUCUGCGACACCCAUCUUCGGUACCGUCUCCAACGCCGACGUUGUCAGCAGGAUUGUUCACCUUCUCUCCGAGAACCAAGAAGCCUCGCGGAUCGUCCUGAGUGCCGAGGACGUCAAGUUCGUCAACCUAUCUACCCAGACAGCUGCUGAAGCCGACAAGAUCAGGCAAUUGGGAGAAUACAAGGUCGAGGUCACAGUAAAAGGAGGAGAGACGCCUGUUGAGAGACUUGUUCGCGUUAUUCCCAUCGAGACAGAGAGCACUGUCUAG